UCUCAAAAAUUUAAUUUUACUCCUUUUUCUUUACAAAAUUUUACAAAGUUAAAUGGCAUUGCAAAUUCAAGCCUCGAUUGCCAACUCAAUUGGAGUCUUUACUAAUGGCUCGGGGGUGACUCGUAUGGUCUAUCCGGAUGGGUUUACACCUCAAAUGGGCAAACGAGUCACUUUUGGUGUCAAAUGUAUGGCUGACAAUGGGUCUCAAGGCGAACCCAAGCUUGACGUUGAAGCUACCUCACCCAAUCCUACUACUAUCUCGUCAUCAGUCUCCCCUAAGUCCAAACCUACGCCUAAGGUAAGCACAAAAUUUUCCGAUGUGUUGGCAUUUAGCGGGCCAGCACCGGAGAGGAUCAACGGCCGAUUGGCCAUGAUCGGGUUUGUAGCGGCAGUGGCCGUAGAAUUAUCAAAGGGAACAGACUUAUUCACACAGAUAUCAGACGGUGGUGCACAAUGGUUCUUAGGAACAACCAUACUUCUAUCAGUAGCAUCUUUGGUGCCUUUGUUUAAAGGUGAACGAGCUGAGGCUAAGACUGAUGGAUUUAUGAAUGCCAAUGCUGAGCUUUGGAAUGGAAGGUUUGCUAUGCUGGGUCUUAUUGCCUUGGCUUUUACUGAAUUUGUUACCGGAGGUGCUCUCGUUUAAGCAUUAAAUUUUUUUUUUAAGUUGUACAUGAUAUUAUAUUUUAACAGUCGAUUGAAAAUAGUUAUUUUUAUUAGUUUUAUCAUUAAUAAUGGUAAGAUUGUAUAGAUCUCUGACCCUUUCAAAUCUCACACGCUACGUGAUAGUCACGUAAUGGAAUGUUGUUGUAAGCAAGAUUUGAUGGAUUAUGUAUGUGGUAUGUAGAGAUAAGUUCAAUGAUACAUGUAUUAUACUUUCAGCUUAGCUUGGCAUAGGCGGAAUGUACAUCAGUUUUAACAAUGGAUAUUGUGCGUAAUACUCUUC